AAGCAGAAGAAGAUCGCAGUGGUUCAGCCAGAGAAACAGUUGGUUCCGUCCCAGCCGAUGGAGACGACGCCCGUCAACUACUGCCACCCCGUCGUCAUGGAUCCAGGAUCAGCUAAUGGCAGAUACUGCUGCUCCAAGAUUUUUGUCAACCACCGCUGUUUCUCAGGACCCUACCUCAACAAGGGGCGCAUCGCCGAGCUGCCGCAGGCCGUCGGACCCGGGAAGUGCACGUUGGUGCUCAAAGAGCUGCUGAACAUGCUGAUCAACGCCGCCUACAAGCCCGGACGAGUCCUGAAGGAGCUGCAGGAGCUGGAGGAUCAGAGCUGGGACUGUCAGGAGGAGACGCUCAAAGCCAAAUAUAAAGGGAAAACCUAUCGCUCCACCAUCCGGAUCGUCCGCCUGGCCGACCAGAUCCCGGACUUCUGCCGCAAGGUGUGCGUGAAGCUGCAGUGCUGCCCCAACCUCUUCAGCCCCGUCCUCAUCGCCGACAAGUGCCCAGAGAACUGCUCGGUUCAGACCAAGACCAAAUACACUUAUUACUACGGGAAGAAGAGGAAGCUGUCCAAGCCGACGGGAGGCGAGGAGGCGGCGGAGGGGGAGCUGGCCAAGCCGACGCGCCGCAGGAAGAAGAGGAAAGCCAUCUUUGUGCAGAAGAAGAGACGCUCGUCCGCCAUGGACUUCACUCCCGCUGGCUCACCGCAGGACAGUGACGAGGGAGAGGAGGACGAAGAGCUGGCGAUGCAGUCGGGCAGCGAAGGCAACAGCUCUGAGCCCCGCGACGACCACACCGACGCGUCCUCGGUGGAGGUGGCCAGCAGCCGUCCUCGCCGGGCGGCGGCGCUGCGCAGGGCAUUCAGCGCGGGACACGCGGCGGGCAGCGAGGAGGCCCCCGGGGGCCGCAGGAGGUCGACGCGUUCGCUGUCGGCCCACAACCAGAACAAGUACCAGCUGCCGCAGGAACAAGACGUGAAGGUGGAGGAGGAGGAGGAUCAGCUGGUUUUGGACAGAAACCCUCUGGAGUGGAGCGUAGAUGAAGUCGUUCAGUUUAUCAACUCAACCGACUGUGCAUCUCUGGCCAACAUCUUCCAGGAGCAGGACAUCGACGGCCAGGCCCUGCUGCUGCUGACUCUGCCCACAGUCCAGGAGUGUAUGGACCUGAAGCUCGGCCCCGCCAUCAAGCUGUGUCACCAGAUCGAGCGCGUCAAGGUCGCCUUUUACAGGCAGUACGCCAACUGACCUCGGAGCAGCGAGGGAGAGGAACGCCAAGAGAAAAAAAACUGUGUUUGUGGACGACGUGGACGUGUUGGAUUUAAGUUUUUGUGGAAUUUGCAACUUGGAAGAAGAAGGAAUAUAUAUACGACAAAGAGAAUUCUGGAGGAUUUUUUCCCUGAGAGAAGUUGAAGGAUUUAAUUUCUGGGCGACUGUCUGCGUGAAAAUGUGACGACAGUUCCCACAUAAACUUGGAACCGAACACACGGGAGAGGAUCCAUGUGCUUGACUGAUCUGUGAAGAAGUUCGUCUGAGAAGCCGAGAACAGUUUAUGUUGAUUUCUUACUUUUCAUUCCCACGUUAUUUGUGAUAGAGGAGCAUUAUAGCAAUUUAAGUUAAAAUAAUUAUUGACUAUAGAGACCUUUUCUGCUUUUUUGUGACAUAAUUGGUUCUGGAAAAAAAUAUAUUUGAGAAGUAUUUAACAACCCAAGAAGUAAUAUAUUUGUAGUAUUUAUUGUAAUCCUUCUUUAUAAGGAGUAAUCUUAUCUAUUCGGACGCUGAGUAGUGAAUUGAAGAGUUUUAUCAAAUUAUUAAUAUCAGCUCCUUCUUCCCCUGAAACUAAACACGGAGGACGAAUUCAUUAUUUCAUGAACAGAAACUAUAAACUGCUGUUGUUCAGAUUCACAGUUUCAUAGAGGAAACAGAAAAAGGUGUCCCACGUGCUGCCUGAGAGAAAAACGCCCUCCAAAAUACUUUGUGCUCUUUCUCCUCAUCGUUACAAUCACGUGAAACAAUCAUCGAAGCUAUUUUGUGUCCAUCUAUGCAAAGGUGUCGCAGAUAUUUUUGAUAAGUCAGAGAAUAAAUUUCUAUUGAUUUUUGA